AUGCAGCAGAGCUCGCACAACGUCGUGUUUGGAGACCCCCUGAAGCCCGUGAAGCUCGACGAUUUCCGCAAUGUCCUCAUCCGUCAAGAGGAGACGACGAUCUUUGCGCUGAUUGAACGCGCGCAGUUUCCGCACAAUAAGGAGGUUUACGUCAACAUGAGAGACAGCAAAAGCGCCGUGUUUGGAGGCCUGAAAGGCAAGUACAGGACCUUUGACGGCAGUUUGCUGGACUUUAUGCUGCUCGAGACGGAACGACUGCACGCUCUGGCGCGGCGGUACACGUCCCCGGACGAAAACGCGUUUUUCCCACAUCUUUUGCCAGAGCCCAUUUUGCCCAUCGUGGACUUCCCGCGCAUCUUGACGCCCAAUCGGAUCAACAUCAACAGUCAGAUCAUGAGCGUGUACCAGGAAAAGAUUCUGCCUGGACUCACGACGAAUGCGAGCAACCAUACGUUGUACGGAUCGACAGCAACGGCAGACAUUGCGGUGCUCCAGGCACUGAGUAAGCGUAUCCAUUUCGGCAAGUUCAUUGCUGAAGCCAAGUUCCAAGCAGAGACAGAGCGCUACACGAAGCUCAUUCUCGCAAAUGACGCCGACGGGAUCAUGGAAGCACUUACGAACUCGGCAGUCGAAGAGAAAGUGCUCGAGCGCGUGAAGCUGAAAGCAUCGACGUACGGCCAGGACCCGAACUCGCCAGCGACGCCGGCUGACAAGGAGCUGAAAGUCGAUCCACAGCUCAUCUCCGACUUGUACCGCGACUUCGUGAUGCCGCUGACAAAGCAAGUGCAGGUGCGGUACUUGCUGCAGCGCGUCGCACAUCCUUCGAUCGCUGUUGCAGGUAUCGAGGGAUCGUUUUGCUGGCUCGCGGCUCAGGCUCUAUUCGGUAGCGAUACCCUGCAGAAGGAACACCUGCUGCAAGCUGAGUCCAUCAGCGCGGUCUUCAACGAUGUCUGCUCGAAUCGCACGGCCUACGGCGUCGUUCCGAUCGAGGACUCGCGUCUGGGUAUGCUGAAGGAGACGCAGGCGCAGCUGAUGCGUACCUCGCUGAAGGUGUCCGCUGAACUCGUGCUUACGUGCUCUUUCAUCUUUGCAGCAAAAGACAAACAGGUCACCAAAAGCUCAGACGUGACGAAGGUCUUUUGCCCGAAAGACACCGACGCGUGGCUGGUAGCUCAAGCAGAGCAAAGCUGGCCAAGCGCGCAGAUAGUCUCUGUGCCCAAUGUCAUGGAAGCUGCAAGACGUGCUUUUGUCGAAGCGUCGUCGGUGGCGGUGACCACGUCAAGCGCUGCAGAGUCGAAUGGCUUGAAGCAGGUUGAGACAAGCCACGCCCUGGCGUCAGAGGGUCUUCGUCCUGCGGCGGAAGGCAGGUCAUCGUUUAUCCGCUUCGUGGCUGUUUCAAAGAGCUACCCCGCAGCCACUGGAAACGACAAGUCAUGCCUGAGCAUGAAAAUCAAACACGAGGUCGGCUCGCUGUUUAACGCGCUCGACGUGUGGAAGAAUUACGGCAUCAACCUCACGUGUCUCGAGUCCAUCUACCGCCAAGAGCAAGACGGCUACAACUUCUUCGUCGAGGUUGUCGGCCACUUCGACGAUACCAACGUCCGUCAGGCUGUGGAAAAGCUGCAGUCUGUUUGCACCGUCAAGCACCUUGGCUCGUUCCCGGUAGCAAAGCGUCUCGUGCAUAGUUGA